AUGACGUCUUCAUUACCCGUUCAAGCUUCCUGUCUCCAAGACCAGCGCUAUAGUGAUGGCUAUUUCAAUAAUGGUCGUAAUCAAAAGCUCUUUUAUUGCGCGGCUUUUCCUCCUCCUUUCGUACCUCUUCGUGGUGUUGUACUCUUCCUGCAUGGUAUUGGAGAACAUUCCUUGCGGUUUACUCAUGUUUACAACCAUUUGUGUAGGAAUGGAUACGGAGUGAUUGCGUAUGACAUGUUGAGUCAUGGGCAGAGUGAAUGUGAGAGACCAGACUUACGAGCUCAUGGGUCUGAGUUUCACUUUUUUGUGGAUGAUACGAACCAGUUUGUAACGACUGCCAAGUCGACAAUAUAUAGCAAGAUGUUACCGGAAGGAGUCUUGGAUCCACCUUUGAUCAUUAUGGGCAUCUCGUUUGGAGCCUUAGUUGCUCUAAAUACAAUCUUGUCUGAAAAGCAUCAAUUCAGUGGCUGUGUAGUAGCGUCACCAGCUAUUGCAGUCGAGUAUACUCCCAUGCUUCGCAUCAUGGAGAUGAUGUCCAAGCCACUCGUACGUAUGGCGCCUGAAGCAAGGUUGGUGGCAGGAGUAAAUGUUAACAAACUAACUCGAGAUCCAGAUUUCUUGAAGGAUUAUAUGAUGGACCCAUUAAACGUCUCGGACAAUUUGACGGUGCGCAUGGCGACACAGGUGAGUUUGGGAAUGACGCAGUUACAGAGCAAUAGACAGAUUGAAGAUUACACGAGCACGUUUUGCAAAGUGCCGCUUCUUGUACUACAGGGCACCGAUGAUAAAGUCACGAGCGUGACGGUCGUAAGGGACUUUAUGGGUCGAGCUGCAACUAAAGACAAGGAGUUGAAAUUAUUUUCGGGGCUUUUUCACUGCCUUUGGAAUGAACCGGAAAAGCAGCAGGUGAUGGACUAUGCGAGUAAAUGGCUCAACAAGCGUUUUGGUCAGUCGAUAACAGACUCUCACGCAGUUUUAACCUUCCUAGGGACCUCAAAGAUUUAG